UCCGGCUCCGCCCCCGAGCUUUGCCUCACUCCAGGCCCGCCUUCCAGACUUGGUCUUAGUUCCUAGUCGGGGCCAAAUCACGCCUCGGCCACGUCCUCCAGGCCUCUCGCUGCCUCAGCCACGCUUUCCAGGCUGGGUUCUGGUCUCGGUUCGCAGCUGGAGCCGGUCCGCAUUCGCGGAUACGGCUGGUCCUGCCCUGGGACGCAAUCGCUUCCCAGCGAGAGGAAAGUCAAAUUUCUCAGCGGGUUACGGGGAGGUCGCGGCCGCCGCCUUUUCAACCUCACCUCGGGGCCCCCAGGAGGACCCCUCGGGUCUCCUUAACCGGAAGCGGAAGUGCGCGUUGGCGGGAUCAUGGCGACUUUGGUCGAACUGCCGGACUCGGUCCUCCUCGAAAUCUUCUCUUACCUCCCGGUACGGGACCGGAUCCGCAUCUCCAGGGUCUGUCACCGCUGGAAGAGGCUGGUGGACGACCGGUGGCUGUGGCGACAUGUCGACCUGACGCUCUACACGAUGCGACCUAAAGUCAUGUGGCACCUCCUUCGAAGGUACAUGGGAUCCCGACUCCAUUCCCUGCGGAUGGGCGGCUACCUGUUCUCCGGCUCCCAGGCCCCCCAAUUGUCCCCUGCCCUGUUGAGAGCCCUGGGCCAGAAGUGCCCCAACCUGCAGCGGCUCUGCCUGCACGUGGCCGACUUGAGCAUGGUGCCUAUCACCAGCCUGCCUAGCACCCUGAGGACCCUGGAGCUGCACAGCUGUGAGAUCUCCAUGGCCUGGCUCCUCAAGCAGCAGGACCCCACCGUGCUGCCCCUGCUCGAAUGCAUCGUGCUGGACCGCGUCCCUGCCUUCCGUGACGAGCACCUGCAGGGCCUGACGCGCUUCCGGGCCUUGCGUUCACUGGUGCUGGGUGGUACCUACCGUGUAACCGAGACAGGGCUGGAUGCCAGCCUGCAGGAGCUCAGCUACCUGCAGAGGCUCGAGGUGGUGGGCUGCACCCUGUCUGCUGACAGCACCCUACUGGCCAUCAGCCGCCACCUCCGAGAUGUGCGGAAGAUCCGGCUGACCGUGAGGGGCCUCUCUGCCCCGGGUCUGGCUGUCCUGGAGGGGAUGCCGGCCCUGGAGAGUCUGUGCCUGCAGGGUCCUCUUGUCACCCCAGAAAUGCCCACCCCCACUGAAAUCCUCUCCUCUUGCCUCACCAUGCCUAAGCUCAGAGUGCUUGAGCUGCAGGGGCUGGGGUGGGAGGGUCAGGAAGCUGAGAAGAUCCUGUGUAAGGGGCUGCCCCACUGUAUGGUCAUCGUCAGGGCUUGCCCCAAAGAGUCCAUGGACUGGUGGAUGUAACUGCUCCACCGUCUCUAGGACCCAUGCCAGCUUUCAUUGUUGAGCCCCAGCCCCUUUGAGCAGCACUUUGAAGAGGGCAGAUAAUCAGACUUGAGGAAACUGAAAGCCCCAGGUUUAGAGGACAGAGGCCCAGAGACUUCCAGACCAUUGGAAUCACUGUUUGCCAGCUGUGUGGCCUGGGUCAUAUCAUCAGCCUCUCGGAAGCCUACACAUCCUGAAAUAAGGACAAUCACAGCUACCUCAUAAUUACAUUGUAAAGCCUUACUCUAAAAGCUCUCAGCCUCCAGAGGCUCUCAAUGAAGAGUCACCUUCAGGAUCGUCCUCAGGAACAGGAUGGAUGAGGAAGGGGUGAGGUUAAGAUUUACAGGCACCCGCCAUACGUGGUGGCUCACACCUGUAAUCCUAGCAC